AUGACUGUCACCAACGUGAGAUACCUGAAAGGUAAUUGCCUCUCUCAAGCCAUAUCGCAUCCUCGGAUUUUGAUUCACUCUUGUAAUUGCAAUGGCUCAUGGGGUGGUGGCAUUGCAUAUCAGCUUGGUGUAAAAUAUCCCAAGGCUGAAAAGGAUUACAAUGAUAUAUGCGAUAAGUUUGGAUCAAAAUUACUGGGAAGAUUUGUUUUGAUACCUAGUUACUCUGAUUCGACAUUGUUGAUAGGAUGCCUCUUCACAGCGACCUUUGGGGGAUCAAACCAAGGCUCGGGUAAUGAUAUUCUUCACAACACUGAACUCUCACUGGAAAAUAUGAGAAUCCAGCUUCGCAGUAACGCGCAAACCCCAGAUAAUGAGAUGGAUGUCUUUCUAUUUAAAUUCAUGGAAAAUGUCAAGAGUAACUUGCGAUACCCGCUGGCCGAAUAUCAACUGGAGAUGCCACAAAUCAACAGCGGGAUAUUUGGUGUGCCAUGGCCUAAAACGGAGGCUCUUUUGAAGGAGCAAAAAGCGCUUUCAUUUGCGGUAUACAUACUGUAA